GUAGCAAUUCAAUGUUAUUGACAGCUGGAGAUGCAUUAAAUAACUGAGUGCAUGGGGAAAACAGGCAGUGAACUGGGCUUCCCACCCUUAAGGCUAUGUAGCAUAAGCAUCCCUGUAAUGAAAAGAUUAAAAGGCCUCUUGUUUUGAAGAUCAGUGAGGGGGGAGCAGGUUAACUUAUAAAUAGAUACUGCCUGAAGCUCUGUGUUGCAUGUCAUUAUUUUAUAAAUCUUUUUUUUUUUAAAGGAUCGCAUUAUUAAAGACCAAUUGGAAACUCCAGUCUCUUUUCAUAUUUUGGAGAGACCUUGUUGAAGCUCUGCUUUGUAAUAUUUGCUUCGAUCAUAUUGGGUGACAAGCUCUGCUGUUUGGAACCAUCUGUACAUGGAAAAUGAAGAUGAUGAUGAUGUUUCCUUUGCCAAAUGGAUGAGCAGCUUCUGGGGCCACAGCUGGAUUGAUGAAAAUGAGAGAGAUUUAAGAAACAACAGGGAACGCCGAUCCCAGGAUAUCAGAGCUAGAAGGACCUCCCUGCCUUGUCCAACACAGUUUGCUGCCCUUCCCAUGACCAGCACUCAUGGAUCCUCUAGAGUUGUUCCAGUUUCUGGCCACCCUCGAAGGCAUUCUCAGGAGGACUAUGGCUUCCAAGGCCAUCAUCAUAUGAAGGCAAAAAUAUGCUCCCAGAGUGGUUCAUUGCAGGGGCAAAUGGAACCCAAAGGCAGAUCACAUUCCAUCCAGGAAUUUUCAGAACACUUUGAGCAGCAACUCUGUUUUAGAACCAAAAGAUCAGUCUCUUUGGAACCUGAGGCCAAAAAGGAGAGAAAAGAGAGGGAGAGCCUGAGAAUCAGUACAGAAGCCCAUCAGGAAACAGAGGAAAGAAGAAAACUGAAGGAAAAGAAGCAGGGAGAAGCAAGCAUGGGAGUCCUGACCAAAAAGAGUCAUGAGUAGCUCAUUAUUUUCACAUGACAACCAUAUGUAAAGUAGGUGAACGUUGUUUGAUGGAUGUUUUAGAUGUUAUAAGACUGGAGAGUCAAAUCUGUAAAAGAAAGUAGUCAUGGGGCAGUGGAACCUGGAAUAAAAAACAAAACAAACAUGAAAAAACCCACUAGAUGAUCUUUGUCCAGGAUUGGCAUUUAGCAUGUUUUCUCUCUUUCCUUUGAUAUGCUAGAGGUUUCCUUUGUUUCCUUUUCAAGAGAAGAAGAGGACCAAUGUAAUUUUAAUAGAGUAAAUUAAUUCUUGAAAAUGGAAAUAAAGAUAUUUAAAGAACUCCAAUACAUCUCCAUCCUAUCCCCUACUUUCACUGUCCCUAAUCCUAAAUAAGUUAUUUGAAUGAUUCUAAAGUUGUAUGCUUAUUACCUAAUUUUUUUUUCUGUGUUAUACAUGCCUCCAUCCUAUCUCCCACUUUCACUUUCUCUAAUCCUAAAUAAAAGUUAUUUGCAUGAUUUUAAACUACUUCAUAUAAAACUGAAACCCCCAAACAAAACCCCAAAUGCUUUCAUGUUCAUUUCGACUCCAAAUGUUCUUUCUCUGAGGUACUCAUUUUUCUUUAAGCGUUAAAUUCUGAUACUUUUGUGGGACUCUGGGUGGAAUUUGAAUGUGUAAAUAAACUUGGAUGGAAUUAA